GUUACAUCCAUGAUCCGACCAGGGCGAUGGGCUCGCCGUCCUUGAUCAGCUACAGUACAAACACCGCAUGCGGCAAACGCUUUCCCUACUCUUGAACAAAGUACGCCCGCUGAGUUGUGUCACGGCCUACAACCACGUCUGGUACCGCUUUAACAAACCUCCAACUUUAUGGUACUCCACCCACGGGCCAGCACAAGUUGCCAGCGACGGCAGCACCAUCACAUGGACCAAAGAAGAUGAAAGCAUCCUCCUCCGCCGUGCGUCUCUCUACAACAACGACUGGCCCCGUGUCUCCGAAGGUCUCUCCUUCCCUCCUGAAGAAUGCGAAAAACAAUAUGAAGCCCUCACCAAAGUCUUUCAACAUACCCAGCACCCGGUCAGGAAGAGUGUUGAGGACGUUCCUGGUGUUUUCCGUAAAGGACCGUGGUCUGUUGAGGAAACCAAGAAAUUUCAGGGGUGUAUUGAGGGCAAGGGACAGAUGAACGCUUGCUGGAAAGAUAUUGAUUGGGAGGAGGCCGCAAAGAUGGUAGGGACCCGCACACCGGAACAAUGCCUACGCAAAUGGCGUACGACAUCCAUCAACCCUGCCUUCCAUAAGACUGGUACCCCCUGGACUGUGGAGGAGAAAAAGAUCCUCAAAGAAGCAUACGAGAAGCAUGGUCCGAGAUGGGCGUUGAUUGAAAAAUUGCUUCCGGGGCGAAGUGCGGUGCAAAUUGAAUUGCGCGCCAGUCGAUUCGGUUUGGACGACAAACAGUACAAGAACGGAUCCUUUACGGAUGAGAUGCUGGAAAAAAUCGAGAUGUUGUUGGAUGACCCUGACGUGAAACAUUACCGCCGGAACCAGGUAGUCAGAUGGACACUGCUAGCCAAAGAUCACUUUCCUGACUGGUCACCUAGCUCCCUCCGGGAUGGGUACCUUUACUACACUGAGGUAGUGACUAACUGCGAACGUGGCCCAUGGUCUCAAGAAGAAACAGAGAGACUGCGGUCCGCGGUUGAGAGAUACCUUGACAAUCCCACAAUGACAAGAAUUGAGCAAUGGGCAGCAAUCACUAAGGAGGUCGGGACACGGAGUAGAAAAGGAUGCCGUGACAAAUGGGUUGCUAUACAACAUAGAGGGCCUGCCAGCGAAGAAUCCUCGUCCUAUCCGCCCUGGACCAAUGACCAAGUCCUCCACCUCAUUUCCCUCACCCAGCAACAUUCCUUCAAUUGGCCCAUCAUUGCCGCAGAGAUGGUCUCAGCACCCGGCACAAAAAAUCACAAACUCGCCAAUGCACGGCUCUGUCGAAAUGUGUUCUGGAGAUUGGUGGAACAGAAGGCAAGGAAGAGAGGCAUGGUUGUGGAAUUUCAUCUGAAGAAGCUUUUGGAGAGUUUCGGGAUGGCGGAGAAGUGGGGGCGCCGGCAGGAGAAGGGGAUGGUGGAGUAUGGGCUGAGGAAGAAGAGACAGAAGUCUAUGUGGACGCGCGGGAUUAUGAUUCGAGAAUCUGAUGUGGAGGGGGAGGAGCGUGUCGGGGAGGAGCGUGUCGAGGAGGAGCGUGUCGAGGAAGAUCAUGAGGAUAAUGAAGAGUUGCUUAGAAAGUUGAGAUAUUUCUUGUGAACGUCGAGGCCAAUGGCAAAGAUUAUGCUACGACCCUCUAUAUGUCAAUAUCGAUAUCAACGGACGCAAUCACAUCAUCGACACCC